CCAAAGCCAAACCCAUAAACUAUACACCAAACAAACACAAAAUUUUGUAUUUAAUUUUCUACUGCUCUCUUCUCCCUCAACUUCCCUCCUUCAAAACCAAGCCAAUACCCAAAACUUGAACCAAACAGCACCCUCCCUCUUAGUCCCAUGUCUCUUUCUCCUUAACAACCACCCCAAGUUCACCUCAAAAAACAAAUAUUAAAGCCCUCAAACACCAUUGACAUGCCUAACCCAAAUGCUAAGCAAGGUUAGGUGAAAGAUAGCAACCUUAAACACCAUCAAAACCUUCCUUUUCCAGCAUAACCUGAUAUGGGUUCUUGCAGUUCUCCUCUUCUUUUGAAUUGUCUAAUGAAAUAAGGACUAUCUUUUGAAGAGGAGGAACUCAUAACCCUCUUCUUGUGCUUUUUUUGGGGUUGCCUUGGCCUCAUUGUGUUGUUUAUAUCUUUUUUGCAUUUGGACAAUAUGCAGCUGCAUAUAUCUCCAAGUUUGAGGCAUGUCACUGUGUUUCCAGGCAAAGGGUUUAAGGAGUUUAUCAAAGUGAAGGUUGCAUCAAGGCGUGUUUCGUAUCGGAUGCUCUUUUAUUCACUCUUGUUCUUCACUUUUCUUCUCCGGUUUGUGUUUGUUUUAACAGCAGUGGAUGGCAUUGAUGGAGAAAACAAGUGCUCUACCAUAGGUUGCCUUGGAAAAAAACUAGGGCCAAGGAUUUUGGGAAGACGAUCUGAAUCAACAGUCCCAGAAGUGAUAUACCAAACGUUGGAUGAACCACUUAGCAAAGAUGAGCUUAAGGGAAGGUCUGAUAUUCCACAAACUUUAGAAGAGUUCAUGACUGAAAUGAAGGAAGGUGGAUAUGAUGCCAAGGCAUUUGCAGUUAAACUUCGAGAAAUGAUAACCCUUAUGGAACAGAGGACCAGGAUGGCCAAAAUCCAAGAAUAUCUAUAUCGUCAUGUAGCAUCUAGCAGCAUACCAAAACAACUUCACUGCCUUGCCUUGAGGCUGGCCAAUGAGCACACAAACAAUGCAGCAGCACGCCUUCAACUACCCUCCGCUGAACUAGUCCCUGCCCUGGUUGACAAUUCAUACUUUCAUUUUGUCCUUGCCUCAGACAAUGUGUUGGCAGCGUCUGUGGUUGCAACAUCGCUUGUUCGCAACUGUUUGAGACCUCAGAAGGUUGUUCUGCAUAUAAUUACAGACAGAAAGACUUAUUAUCCCAUGCAGGCUUGGUUCUCAUUGCAUUCUUUAUCACCUGCUAUAAUUGAGGUCAAGGCAUUGCACCAUUUUGACUGGUUGACAAAGGGAAAGGUGCCUGUUCUGGAAGCAAUGGAGAAAGAUCAAAAGGUGCGGUCACAGUUUAGAGGGGGUUCAUCAGCUAUUGUUGCAAAUACCACUGAGAAACCAAAUGUUAUUGCAGCCAAACUACAAGCACUUAGUCCCAAGUAUAAUUCAGUGAUGAACCACAUUCGGAUACAUCUCCCAGAGUUGUUUCCAAGUCUUAACAAGGUGGUCUUCCUCGAUGAUGACAUUGUGGUACAAACUGAUCUUUCACCUCUGUGGGACAUUGACAUGAAUGGAAAAGUCAAUGGAGCUGUAGAAACAUGUAAUGGAGAAGAUAAGUUCGUGAUGUCAAAGAGGUUGAAAAGCUAUUUGAACUUUUCCCACCCUCUAAUAUCCAAAAAUUUUAAUCCCAAUGAAUGUGCUUGGGCCUAUGGCAUGAAUAUUUUUGAUUUGGAGGCUUGGAGGAAGUCCAAUAUAAGCAAUGUUUACCAUGAUUGGGUUGAACAGAAUAUCAAAUCAGACCUGAGUUUGUGGCAGCUAGGGACAUUACCUCCAGGAUUGAUAGCAUUUCAUGGUCAUGUCCACAUUAUUGAUCCUUUCUGGCAUAUGCUGGGCUUGGGUUAUCAAGAAAAUACAAGUUUUGCUGAUGCUGAGAGUGCUGGUGUUGUCCAUUUCAAUGGCAGGGCCAAGCCGUGGCUAGAAAUAGCUUUUCCACAACUAAGGCCAUUGUGGGCAAAGUAUGUUGACUUCUCAGAUAAGUUCAUCAAGAGCUGUCACAUUAGGGCAUCAUAGCUUAUAUCUUGGGAAAACAUGACCUUAUUG